UUUGUUUGUUCAAAAUUGUUCUCUCUCCAUAAAUUUUACAGAUUAGGGUUUUCUUCACGUCUCUGUCUCUUUAUCGGAGUGCCCAAACUUGUCCGAACUCGAGGUAAGGACCCUAAUCUAAUUCUUUCGUUUCGAUUUUGGAUGUGUUUCUUUAGUAUGCCCUAAUCUGUGAAACGAUGAAGUGAAAACCCUAGAGCUAGACAUCUCUCGAAGCUCUCUAAAACAGAAGUUGUCGUCAUGGACGAGGGUGACGGGGAGUUCGGGGACGGUGGAGAUCGUAACGAGGACCAGUUCCUUCAUAGGAACGAGGCGAUCUCCGCCGUGGCCGACGAGGGUUUCUUGGGGGAGGAAUACGACGACUACGAGGAUCUCUACAAUGACGUUAACGUCGGCGAAGGGUUUCUUCAGACCCUCCGCAGGAAUCAAGAGGAAGACUUAGGGUUCAGAACUCAGGAGGAGGAGGUGGAAGUGGAUAAGAAGAUUGACGUGUCCGCGGCAGAGUCUACGGGGGUUUCAGUCCCUGGUGUUAGUGGUGAAGCGAAGGUUGAGAAGGGUGGCGAUGGGUCUGUUGUUGCUUCUAGGGUUCCUGCUAGGGUAGAAGGUUAUCAAGAUUUAGGGUUUAGAGGAAAUGAGAUGGCUUCUAAGGGAUCUGGUGGUGGUGGUGGAGGAGGAGGCGGAGGUGGGAUUAAGGUUGAAUUGGGUCCGUCAUCAUCAUCCUGUAAAAUGGGUGAAACCCGGGGGCAUAUUGACAGCAAUAGUAGUGUACCAUCUCAAGGAAUAGGGCAGCCGCAACAGCAGCAGCAGCAACAUUCUCAAGUAGUAGGUUCAGGAAAUGUAGGGCAUGAUGGUUUUGGAAGGCAAGGAGGAAUUGGAGGGGUAGGAGGAAAUGUUAACGGAAUUGGUGGUAGUGGGAAUGCCAGUGGUGGGGCAAGUGGGGGUGGUGGGACCAUUCUCUUUGUCGGUGAUUUGCACUGGUGGACGACGGAUGCUCAGCUCGAGGCAGAGCUCACUAAGUACGGUCCUGUGAAGGAGGUGAAAUUCUUUGAUGAGAAGGCGAGUGGGAAGUCCAAAGGUUAUUGCCAGGUUGAGUUUUAUGAUCCUGCUUCUGCUACGGCUUGCAAGGAAGGGAUGAAUGGGCAUAUCUUUAAUGGACGGCCGUGUGUUGUGGCCUAUGCUUCCCCAUAUAGUGUUAGGAGAAUGGGAGAGGCCCAGGUGAACAAGAACCAACAGAUGGCUCAGACAUCUCUUUCUCAAGGACGGAGGACAGUUGGUGAUGCUGGAGGACGAGGUGGUGGCAACAGCAUUGCUACUGGUGGGAAUUAUCAGGGUGGUGAUGGUGGUAGAGGUUAUGGAAGGGGUAAUUGGGGAAGAGGUGGUGCCCAAGGAGUGGGAGGUAGAGGGCAAGUUGGGCCAAUGAGGGGCCGUAUUGGUGGUGGGAUGGGUGGAAGGGGUAUAAUUGGCAAUGGUGGCAGUGGAUUUGGACAGGGGCUUGCAGCAACACCACCAUUGUUACAUCCUCAAACAAUGAUGGGUCAGGGAUUUGACCCAUCUUAUGGGGCACAGAUGGGGAGAAUGGCCGGUUAUGGAGGUUUCCCAGCUGGACCAACACCUCCUUUUUCAGGUAUAUUGCCUUCUUUCCCUCCUGUUGGUGGUGUAGGAUUGCCAGGAGUGGCUCCUCAUGUAAAUCCGGCUUUCUUUGGAAGAGGCAUGCCUGCAAAUGGUAUGGGUAUGAUGCCUACAACAGGUGUUGAGGGACAUGGAAUGGGAAUGUGGUCAGACCCAAGUGCAGCUGCAUGGGGUAGUGAUGAGCAUGCAGGUAGGGCAGGAGAAUCUAGUUAUGGGGAGGAUGCUGCGUCAGACCACCAGUAUGGAGAAGUAAGCCAUGAAAGGGGUGGGUGGAGUAAUGCAACGAAGGAGAAAGAGAGGGCUCCGGAGCGAGAGUGGUCUGGGGCAUCUGACAGAAGGUAUCGAGAUGAUAGAGAAACAAUGGCAGAUAGGGAUAUGUCUAGGGAAAAAGACAUAGCCCAUGCUCAUGAUUGGCCAGAGAGAAGGCAUCGUGAAGAUAGAGAAACAGUUAGAGAUCGUGAUCGUGAUCGUGAUCGUGACCGGCACCGAGACAGGGACAGAGAACGGGAUCGAGACCGUGAUCGUGAGCGAGAUCGAGAUCGGUACAGAGAGGAUAGAGACAGAUACUUGGAUCACCAUAGAUACAGGGAACGCGAAUCUGAGCAGGAUGAUGAGUGGGACAGAGGACGUUCAAGGACUCACAGCAAGUUACGCCUAUCACAAGAUGAAGACCGGCGUUCAGGAUCGAGGGAUGCCGAAUAUGCUAAGAGAAGACGACCCUCAGAGUAACUAAAAUGCUCUGAAGCUUCUUUGUUAGUCCUGGUAUUCAGCACCAGAGGACAAUCUCUUUAUGCUUCUUUGCAUUUUCCAUUACAGUUCUCUGAAAGGUCUUGAUCAGCUAUUUCCUUUGCCUCCUAUUUUGACUUCAUUGCCUAAUAUAUCUUGCUGAAGCUUAUUCUUGCAGGAGAGCGGUUUGGUUUUCAUAAUGAACCAAAUUUGAGGGCAUAUGGAGCAUGGGAAGUGAGGCUGUUGCGCGUUGUUUCUCCUUGCCUCUGGAAUUUUAAUUGGAUUAUCGUCCAGCUUGGGCAAAGAGAUGAUGGGGUUGGGGGGAAGCAUUGGCUGUACUGUUUAGACAUUGAUAAAUUAACUUUGUUUCUACUAUUUUUUGUCCCAUUCUCUAGUUUAUCCUCCGGAUUUCUGUUUGGGUUAACACCUUAAGAACUGACCAAAUGGGAAGUGCUCAUGGGAUAAUGUUGUAGUUUUUUGUUUUCUUUUUUUUUUUUUUUUAUUAUAGAGGUGACCAUUUAAAAUAUGAGACGUCAUACGGUUUCGGAGGUUGUUUUUACUUUUAUAUGUGCCCUUUCAAUGUGUACUUCAUGGUUAUUAUGCUGUUCUAUUUAUUUGUUUAUUUCUUUUUGGGAGGGCGUGGGGGAGUCGUUAUCAUGUUGGCUCCCGCAAUGUUCAACGAAAAUGUAAAAAGAAAAAGCAAAUGAUUCAUUGAAUUAAUGCAAUACAAUGGCAGAUAUGACAAAUUUACUCUGCA